UAUUUUAGCCUCUAAUAACCACUCGGAUUUCAACACGUCACACCAACGCCGUUUCCAUCAUCAUCGCUCAUCAGUCAGCCGCAGCUGAGUAGUGAGUAGUAUUGGGUGGAGCGGUGGAGCUGGACUGGACUGGACUGGACUGCAGUGGCUGGCUGCUGGGAUUCAGUCCCGACCAUCAAAACAAAUGACUGAAAUUGAUUCCUUCCCUUACUAGUUACUACUUACUACUGGUAGGAAUAGCUAAUCAAGAGAGACAACUUCUGCGGCGAUGAUGCUUUCGGCAAUUCCAUAUCCGCCGCUGCCGCAAACCACCACCGCGCUAUUCAAUCCUCCUAACCUUCCCUGCCAAACCACUUCUAAUCUCCUCUCUAUUCCCGCUGCACCAAACAAUAAUCCUUCCUCCCUCUGCCGAGCCACCGCUGCCCAACGACCUCCUUCUCUUCCAGUCGGCUCCUCCUCUGCGCCGCCCUUGCGUCCCGUCACCACCACUGCCACCACCUACUCCCCCGCCGAUGACGAUAAUGACGACUCUAACAGUGUCGGAGUAGGAGAAGAGGCCAAUCAGGAUAUGGUGGCUUCCGCAAAUGCUGUUGCGGCUAUUAUUAAGAAAGUCUCCACGUCACCCGUGGAGUUCGUCCAAAGGAUAGAGAAAGCCGGUGGCAGCAGCCACGGAGGAGGAUUGGUGCUUCCCAGCGUUGACUUUCAAAGACUUUGUCUUGAACAACUGGACCUCUUUCGCCGCAUUGUUCAUUCCGACGCUCUCCUCUCUAUCUAUGUAAGACCAGCUGGUAGCUAUGUUAUGGAUAGACUGGAACUGCGUCGCAUUACUUUUCAUCCUCUGGUUAAUGCUACGGCUGAUAUUGUGAUUUUAGUGGGUGAUUUUAGGAUUCCCGCAGGUCUGAGAGUCGCAGAAGCUGCCCUUUCGAGCCGAGCGGCAGAAAUUUUCCCUGAGCUUAGAUCUGUGGUUUUCCCAAUGGUGAAGCAUCCAUUUGUUGUGGGGUUUUUGGUUGCUGAGUUUCCGCAAAUGAUAUUGGGAGGAGAACCAACGCCAUCCACAGGUGAAUCUUGCUACUUACCCAAUAGCGAGGACUCAAAACUGUUGGAAUUACAAACAUAUGACAAGGGCCAGUCAAACGAGAUUUUAUACUUCACUACUGAACAAAGAUUGAAUGCUGAGAAUAUUUCUCGUUCUAUUACAAUGGCCUAUGUCAUGGAUCAGAAAGCAAUAUUGCUCCAGCACUCAUCUUGGCAAAAUAACGUGAGAAUGAGUAGCCUGGUUGAACAAAUCCGGGGAUCACUUUCUAGCAUUCAGACCUUGAGUAAAAUGCUAUCUGUUCACAUGAGGAGAAGUGAGAUCUCCUUUGAUAUUGUUCAAGACAUUUUAGUCCAAGGUGAUCAUAUUAAAGAUGUCCUUCAACAACUUCAGGAUGCUGUUUACCUGACUAAGGCUAAUAUAAUUCAUAAUAAUGGAGGGUUGAAGAAGAUGCACGCACCAACUUAUUAUGGUGCCUCUAACUCAGUCAAUGAAACACUAGAAUCUUAUGAGGCAUUAUCUCUCAAUUCAACACCCAAGGAUUCAGAAAUUCCCAUGCCACCCCUUGCACUCGCACCUUUAAAGCAGAAAGCAGUCAGACGGCCAUGCAAUGUUUCUGAUGUUCUGAAUGAUUUGGUUGCGGGUGUGGAACAUCUGGCUCAUAUGCAGCACCGAUAUUUAAGCGUAUCUGAACUAUCUAGGCCUUUGCAAGUUGCUGUUGAAGAGCCUGCUUUACGGCAGGCCUUGAGCAACUUAAUUGAAGGUUCUUUGUUGCGAACACAAGUUGGUGGGAAGGUUGAAAUCGUGUGCACAGGAGCUCCAGCAGGUGGUGCUCUUAUCAUAAUUGAUGAUGAUGGCCCUGACAUGCACUAUAUGACCCAGAUGCAUUCCCUCACACCGUUUGGGAUGGAUCUGUUUUCUGACGACAAGGUUGAGGAUAAUAUGACGUGGAAUUUCAUUGCUGGUCUGACUGUUGCUCGGGAGAUUUUAGAAACUUAUGGAUGUGUUGUCCGUGUAAUCUCACCAAGAACCUCUGAUGCGAGUAUUGGAGCAGGGGGAACCCGUGUAGAGCUAUGGCUUCCAUAUGUAACUUCACCAGAUGCAGAUGAAGUUGAUCGGGUGAUAUGAGGGGUUAAAGACCUCUUGUUAUCUUUCUUUCAUCAAGUAAAUCAAUGAUUGCAUAAAGUUCGACGAGAGUACAUUGGUGUGUUUGCGGCCUAGUAAUGUGGGUACAUAUUACCCUUUCACCGGAUAGAUAUCCACCAGUACUUCUUGAUUGUGCAGCUGAGAAACUGUUGUAAAUAAAGAUACCAUGUAUUAGAAGAUGCAUUGUAUUACGCCAAUAAUACUUGCACCACAGUAUUCUUACGAAUUGGUGGUUAAGGUUGCAAAUUGAGAAGGGCUGAGGUGAUUCACCUACCCAAUUUAUGAAUCUUUUGAAUUGGAUAAUAGUGCAUGUGAGAGUCUUAAUCAUGAC